UCUCCUUUUUCUCUCUCUAAAUCGAUACAAACUCAAUUACCUCGUCUCGUGUUUAUUCCAUUUAUAAAUCUAUAUCCCUACCUUCACUUCCAUUCACUAAACUUAUAAUACUAAAUCUCUCUGCUUUUUUUUUUAACAUCUCUCUACGCUUUUUGUGGCUACUGCUUCUUCUUAAUUGCAUAUCAGUUUAAGGUCCAGAAAGAGGAAGGGAUACGAAAGAAUGCCAACCAAAAGAAAGGCUAAGGAUAUUCAAAUCCAUAACUCGUCCAACUAUGUCAAACGAAGAAAUGGUUUACAGAAGAAAUUACACGAACUCUCAGUACUGUGUGGAAUUGAUGCUUGCAUCAUAUCUUUCUCAGACGCCUCAUCUUCCUGUGUUCCGGAUAUUUCGCCUCAAGACACAAAUUACUGUCUCUCGCUCUGCGAAAGAUAUCUCGGUCUCGACAAAUCCGAGAGAGAAAAGAAACUCCAGGAUUGCUCUCACUUCUUGUCGGAGAAAAUACAGAGUUUAAAGCAACAGAUUGAUAAAAAGAGAGAGGAAAACAUGGAGGCUAAAUUGGGAGCGAUGGUUUAUGGACUCUCUGGCCAUCACAGAAUUGAUGAAUUAUCUAUCGAUGACCUUCAGAAGCUCUCUGGUCAUAUCGAUGUCUUCCUGCACAAGAUCACAGAACGCGAUCAGUUUUUAGAGAUGGGGAAACAUAGUGUGACAGAAGAGAUAUUGAAGGUUGAGAAUGGGGGAAAAUUAUCCGCGAAUUCUCAGGAAAUUGCAAGCGAUUUCGCAGCCGCUUUUUCGGCGACUCCAGAACUUGGGAAUGGGAUCAAAUUUGCUCCAAAACAUGAGGCUGGUUUAGGCCAGUUUAUCGACAAUUUUCCGGGGACUCCAUGUCUCGACACUUUUCCGGCAACUCUAGGUGUUUCUCCGGCUACUUUUCCGGCCAUUUCAGGAGAUUUUCAGGCUGAUCUAGGCGAUUUAUUAGCCAGGUAUGGCCUGUAUCUGGCGCCCACACGCGAGGGCUUUCCAUGCACGUGGCAGGUUUCUGUACUGCCAUAUCAACAGAUGAGUCAGCAUGUGGUCGAGGGUAGGUGGGGCCCACAGUUGCCGAAUCAGCACCUUCCCGACUUGUUUGAUAUGGAGGGCGACCUGAAUCCACAUCAGCAGGUGACUCAGCUGCCAUGUAACUUGCCACAUCAACAAUACUGGGACCCUGAGUUCCAACAAGUCGCCGACCCUCAGCCCAUGAAUGUUGAGAGGUGGGUCCAGGAUUGGAGCUCGCCUUUGGGUAAUUGACACAUCAUCAUUCCAGUUAGUCCACCUGUGUUAGAGGGUGCCACGUUGGCAAGCCAAGUUUUGGGUUUGUCAUGGCUGGCGUUUUUGAAGGGCUCCUUAUUAACUGUGUCUGUCUGUUUGUCUUGCAUUUAACUAAUUUUCUGUGGUUCUAAUUGGUAUAUUUAUUAGCGAUCGAGGAAUGACACGAUUAUAGAUAGAUUAGCGGCCGUGAUUGAUUCAUUGUGUAAUUUUGUCUCUCAUUUUCAAUGGGAGCUCCUGUUUAUACCACUUCUCUAAGAGUUAAUGGAGUUCU